AUGGAUAGUCAGACACAACAAUUUUUUAGAAAUAUUAAAGAAUUGGAUCCUUCUAAUAAUAGAUGUAUUGAUUGUGGUGCUGCUCAUCCACAAUGGGCUUCUGUUUCUCAUGGUUGUUUUAUUUGUUUAACUUGUAGUGGUAUUCAUAGAAGUCUUGGAGUACAUAUUAGUUUUGUUAGAUCGACAACAAUGGAUACAUGGAAUUCAAGACAACUUAGGCUUAUGGAAUUAGGUGGAAAUAGUCGACUUUCUACUUUAUUUAAACAAUAUGGAUUAUCUGAUUUAUCUAUUAAACAAAAAUAUUGUUCAAAAAUAGCUACUUAUUAUCGUAAUAAACUUAAAAAUUUAUUAGAUGGAAAGUCACCACCUGAGAUACCUUCAAUAUCAAUUGGACAACUUGAAGAUAUUACAGAAACUAAUAAAAAAGAUGAAUUAAGAAAUAAUGAUGGUCAAAUUAAUAAUAAUAAUAAUAAUGAUGAUAAUAAUAAAAUGAAAUUUGCAAAUUUAUUAGAUAAAAAUAUUGGUAAUGGAAAUAAUAGUAUACUUGGAAAUAUAUCAUCAUUUAGUAUGAAAUUAUUUUCAAAUACUAAAAAUUAUGCAGAAUCUACUAUUAAUCAUGUACAAGAACAUGGAAUAUUAGAAAGUGCAAUAGAUUCUGUACGUGCUGGUACUACAUAUAUUGAAGAGGCCGGGAAAGUAGUUAUUGAAAAAGUUCAAGAUGAACAAUUUUGGAAAAAUACAAGUAAUACUGUACAAAAUUCAGCAACAUGGUUAAAUAAUACAAUACAAAGUGGUUUAUCAGGAGUUGGAAGUGUAAUUAGUUCUGUUAUUGAACCAAAUUCAACUGCAGACUUUACUACAUCACAAUAUAAUAAUAUUAAUAAUAAUAAUUAUAAUAUAAGUUCAAAUAAUAAUAUGAACAACAUGUCACCUUAUUCAUAUAGAAAUUCAAAAAAUAAUCAGAUAAAUUUAAAUAAUAAUAUUAAUAAGAUUGAAGAAUCUUUAUCUAGUAAAUAUGAUAAUCGGAAAGAUUCAUCUAUACCAAAUAUUAAUUUGUGGGAAAAUGAUUUAGGUGAUGAUUGGGAUCCAAAACAUUUUCAAAAAGGUGCAUCAAGAUAG